UAAAUUAUCGACAAUUCAACAACAACAACAACAAAGUCCUGAAGUUUGGCAAGAAUUGACUGUUAUUUGAUGCUUAUUCCACUGUACACAAUGUCGCCAAUGAUGAUGAAAUGGAAUAAUAAUCAUUAAAUCUAGCGGUGAAUACAACGGAAAACGAACACAACGAAUUAAUGAUAAAAAACCAAAAGAUGAAACAAUGAAAUUAUUAUCGACCACAAAAUCGAUAAACAUUAAUCAGCAUCAUCAUCAUCAUAAUCAUUUUACAUUCGAUUGUAAUUAUCAUACAAUUUCUGCAUCCAAUCAUAGAAAAGAUUCGAAUCAUGAAAACAACACUAGUGAAAAUAGUAAAAUUUCACAUUCAACUAUUUCGACAUUUACAGCUGAAAUUGGUGACGAUUACGACAACAACAACAACAACAACAACCAGAGAAUGAAAAAUUCCGAAAAAAAUGAACAAAUAAUAACGAUUCCAUUAUCGAUUGGUGAUCGAAUCCAUUACAAAUGUUCAAUGAUUGUUGAUCAUCUGGAACAAUGUGAACAACAACGACAACAACGAUCAUCAUUAUCAUUGAUAAUGUUCAAUGAAAUGAAAAUGAAGAUGAAAAAAUCUGAAUUGUUUCAGAAUAAUUUCAUCAUUCCAAAUCAUUGCCAUUCAAUACGAAUUAUAUUACAAUGGCCACGAAGAAUUGAACAAUUAAAUCGUACAGACAAUCAAAAAGAAGCAAUGAUUUUUGAAAAUGUAACAAAAACAACACAUGAAUCUAUCGAAUGA